UCUGGCACGCGCUGAAAAAUGACCUCCGGUGUGGAGCGACUAUUUGACGAACUUGGACACUUCAACAGAUUUCAGGCAUGUGUCUACUUUGCUGCUAUUUUCCAGGCCAUCUCCUGUGGAAUACAUUACUUAGCCUCUGUUUUUUUAGUUGAAACACCUAAAUUUCUUUGUGACGCCCCUCCAAAUAUCAUAGAUGUCCUGUAUGGAAAUCACUCGUCAACUUCGUUGGCAGAUAUCUGGACUCACUUCAAACCAGGUGCCAGACCAGUGGUUGUGCAUACUGCAAGAGGAGACCAAUGGGAACUUAGUCCUUGUUUCAAAGCACUGCGGCUUGAUGCCAUCAAUUUUCAAUAUGAGUUUUUUGGCAACAAGACUGUGGUGUCUUGUAAUGGCUUUGUCUAUGAUCAUAGUGAGGUCCAACAAAGUAUCGUAACAGACUGGGACCUAGUGUGUGAGAAGGAAUGGCUGGCCAAGAUCACACAGCCAACUUUUAUGUUGGGAGUUCUGAUUGGAGCAUUGAUAUUUGGAGACAUCGCUGAUAGAAUUGGCAGAAGGCCUAUUUUGAUGGCUACCAGCUUAUGCCAGUUUACAUUUGGCAUCACUGUUGCAUUUACAGGAAACUACUAUCUUUUUGUGGUGAUGCGUUUCCUGCUUGCCACGGUGUCAAGUGGGUAUCUGGUCGUAGUCUUUGUGUAUGUGACAGAGUUUACAGGAAUUAAAGUGCGGACAUGGACCUCUAUGCAUGUGCAUGCAGCCUUUGCUGUGGGCAUCAUGGUAGUGGCUCUAGUGGGGUACCUUGUUCGCGUCUGGUGGAUCUACCAGAUCAUCCUCACACUAAGUACCUCUCCAUUCCUGCUCUACUGCUGGAAGUUUCCAGAAACUCCCUUCUACCUCAUGGCUAAAGGUCGGUACAAGGAGGCCCAGGAGCUGCUGGACACUAUCGCCCACUUCAAUGGUCUGCCACCCACGCUUAAGGUUUCAGAGCUAAUGGAAGAAAGUGAUGAAGCACUGUUGAUGGCAGAAGGGAAAGCAGUGGAAGCCGAGAAGAAGCUAAGCAUCCUGGACAUGUUUGGAAGCUUGAAAAUGGCCGGUCGUAGCGCCACCUGCUGGGCUAUUUGGUUCAUCGGAAGCUUGGGAUACUAUGUCUUCAGCCUUGGGUCUGUCAACUUGGGGGGAAACCAGUAUCUCAACCUCUUCCUUGCUGGUGCUGUUGAGGUUCCGUCAUACUUGAUUGGCUGCUUUGCUAUGGAUCGGGUGGGAAGGAAGAAGACAUGUGCCCCAGCUCUGCUGCUCAGUGGAGUAGCCUGCAUGCUCAUUAUUAUGGUGCCCCAGGAUAUUGAGGCCUUGGCUAUAGUCCUGAGUAUGACAGGGAAAUUUGCCAUUGCCAUUGCAUUUGGUCUUGUUUACUUGUACACCUGUGAGCUUUAUCCCACUAUGAUCAGGUCUCUGGCAGUAGGCAGUGGCAGUAUGAUGUGCAGGGUGGGAAGUGUGGUGGCCCCUUUCUGUGUUUACCUCGCUGACAUAUGGAUCUACCUGCCUCAGCUCAUUGUGGGAAUUCUGGCUUUCAUAAUCGGGAUCCUGACCAUGUUUCUUCCAGAGACUCUUGGACAGCCCCUCUCCUCCACUUUGAAAGAGGCUGAGGCUCUGGGCUCCAAGCCCAGCAAGACGAAUGCUGCAGUGGAUGUGGUAGAGAUGAAUCAAACAAUUAAAGCUUGAAUCAGUGAUGUACUUUAUGAAGAGACUAAAGAUCACAUCCUCUCUGCUAAGUGCCAAGUCAAAUCCACCAAAUUUCAGAAACUUCCCCGGAUAAAUUUUUACAAUUUUGUUAAUACUUUUUCUGAAGAAAGAUAAAGAAGAGCUGACACUGCAGCCUUUCUAAAAAAAAAUGUUUACCUGUAGUUUUGCUCCAAACCAUAUGCAAAAACUGUAAUUCUGAUCCCCCUCCUGAGUAAUGGAUUAUUCAGUAAAUAUUGAUCCAUGGCAUUUAAUAUUUUGGCUGUCCAAAAAUAUUCUGGUUUUCCUAAAUUUCUAAACCAGGACCAAAAUGAUCAGAAGUAACUCCUCCUGGAGCUUUCAAGCUACAUCCACCAAACACGGCACAAACCUUCAGACUGUUCUGACUCGGAUCGCUGUCUUUUCUAACCAAUCUGACUUGCGGUUUUCCUGUAAUGGACAACCAAAAAUCCCCAAAAUCCCAUGGACUUCCAUUGAUUAAUGUUGAAACUGUUAAUGAUUUCACACUGCAACUGUUAAAACUCUCAGACAUGUGGUCAAGGCCUAGCUAAACGUUAGGCCUAGUUUUACUCCGCUUCAGUGGACAAGGGAAACUCGAUUUCAUUAUCAGUUGACUGUGUAAUUAGUUUCUUUGCAUGAUUAAUUGAAAGACCUUGUUUGUAUGAAGCUGUUUUUAUAUACAUUUGCAUCUCAGGGUUUAUAUCAAGAUUUAUCAGUAUUGUUCAUAGUAAGCUGUGACUGUACUUUAUAAGGCUUUAUGUUUAUUCUGGGUGCUUUUGUAUUACCUUGUUAUUUAACGUUUUUAUUAUUUUUAUCUUCCCUUCUGCUCUUCUCUAGCUCUCUCUAUCUCUCUUUCUUUGAAGGAUUGUACUGUCUAAAGAAGUUCAACAUAGUAUUAUCUGCUAAGAAUAUGUUUGUGAAGUCUUGAAUUGCAGGAUUUGAUUAUUUGUAACAUAGUUGUAUUUUUAGUAAUACAUAAUUUCUUACUCCAUAGAAUGACAGAUUUUAUAAUCAAUGCUUCGUUCCAUGUAUCAUGUUCUACAAGCUCUUGAAUUCCCUGUCUGUUUUUGGACCAAAGAGACAGAGGCAAUUCUAUGAUUUUACCCUUAGCAUCUGGGUGUCAGUAUAUCAGUAACAGAUAGGUUGCACUUUAUUUAGUGAUUUCACUGGAACGGAGGCUGGGCAGAUAAACGAUAGAGAAGUAGAGUGUGCAUCUGAUAGCUGUGUGCAGGGACAGCUCCCCACGCUGCUCUAGAGAACAUUGUCGCACUCGUAUAUGCUACUGACUAAAAGGAAGAAUAAUGCUUAAAAUAACUAACUUUAAAGUUUUUAAUGGCCAGUAAGGGGAGAAUUCAGAGCAAAAUAACCUAAGAUAGAUAGUUUAGAGGGGCUGAAACCACCCUGAAGCCCCCAAAGUUGUUGAAUCUCCUUUGUAAAGAGGGUUCUGUUAUUAAACAGUUGCUUUUUUAAACUGGUCUAUAGGGAAAUCUUGCCAUAGUCGUGCAUUUGUCAAUCAAUUUUAAAGAAUCUCAUAUUGAAAUACUAUCAUAUUGUGUUUCAUAUUUAUUCAUAUAUACAUAAAAUACAAAGAUUUUUGAAUUUCUGCAUCAAAUGUUUCAUUAAAAAAAACUAUUUGUAUUGUGUAUAUUUUAUGUGGAAAUAAGAACACUGAAAUUCAAUAGAAUUUAAUGAGACACGUAUCACAGACUGACGUGGCUUAUUUAGGAUGUAUAAAAUGCCCUUUUUGUGCCUUUCACCUUCAGUUCUCUGCUGACGAGAAUAAUUUACAGAGAACCUACUCAUGGAAAAGGUGGGAAAUAUUUUACGGGUUAGUGGGUAUGAGGUAGGAGUCUCUUAUUCGCUGCAACUGAGGGGAGGAGGCACAGGAGAAGCUGUGUAAUACCAGCUCUAAAUAAAUGGUUCAAAAA